AUGUCCUUCAAAACCACAGCAACAAUCGCUUCCUUCGGCGGCAAGCUCCUCAAACUCACCCAUGAUGCUAGCACCGUCGGCUGCGAAAUGGCAUUGAAUUUAUAUCUGCCACCCCAAGCAUUUGCAUCUGCGGAGAAAAAGAAGAAAGUGCCGGUGAUUUUUUAUCUGGCGGGUCUAACGUGUACGGGGGAUAAUGGGGCGGAGAAGGGGUUUUUUCAGAGUGCGGCGAGUGAGAGGGGGGUGGCGGUCAUUUUUCCGGAUACGAGUCCGCGAGGACUCAACAUAGCCGGUGAAAACGACUCCUGGGACUUUGGCACAGGCGCCGGAUUCUACGUGGACGCGACCGCAGUCCCCUAUUCCACCAACUACAAAAUGUACAGCUACAUUACCUCAGAGCUACCCUCGUCUCUCUUCUCCUCGUUCCCCGAACUCGAUUCUUCUAGGAAAAGUAUCAUGGGUCAUUCGAUGGGCGGCCAUGGUGCUCUUACGUUGUUUCUGAAAAAUCCCGGUAUGUAUAAGAGUGUGAGUGCUUUUGCGCCGAUUGCAAAUCCCGUGCAGUGUGCGUGGGGCGAGAAGGCUUUUAAGGGGUAUUUUGGGGAGGAGAAGAGAGAGGUGUGGGGGGAGCAUGAUGCGACGGAGUUGAUUGGGGGGUUUAAGGGGGAGUUUCCGGCGUUGAUUGAUGUGGGAACGGGAGACAAUUUUUACAAACAGGGACAGUUAUUACCAGAGAAUUUUGCGGCAGCGGCGAAGAAAUCGGGGAAUGAUGGGAAUUUGACAUUGAGAUAUCAAGAGGGAUACGAUCACUCAUACUUCUUCAUCUCGACCUUUGGAAGAGAUCAUAUUGAACAUGCCGCCAAAUACUUAUUCGCAUAG